GUUGAAGUCAGAAACAUUACCAAGAAAAUCAGCGAUCUCAACGAGAAACUGGACACCACCAGCACCCUGUCGGAACCCAGGGAAAACUCCUUCCUGCGCUACGAGUACAAACACAAUGAUGCCCUUCGUGAAGUGGCCAAGGCAAUCAGCAACUUUGGAGCGAUCAGGGUCAGCACAACGUUCCCGGCGCUGACCACCGCUGAGGUGAAAAAGGCGGUGGCCCACCUACGGGCUUCGGUGAAGAUCCAUACUGUGGAUUACCACGGGAAUCCAAGGUCGUCAGGAGGAGACCCCGUGACGGUUGAGAUUCGUAACGAAAAAGGGGAGUUGUUGGAAUGUAAAAUUAAAGAUAAUGAUGACGGGUCUUACGAGAUUCUUUAUCUGCCGCUGAAACCAGGGAAGUUGAAAAUGGCGGUGAGCAUAUUUAACCGGCCAAUCAAAGAUAGUCCUUUUGUGAUUGAUGUCAGUGAACAUAUAGAACCUCUGUGGAGGUUUGGAUGUCGAGGUACUGAUAGCGAGCAUUUCAACCAGCCCACCAGGAUCGCGUCGGGGCCAGAUGAUGUUAAUUAUAUCCUUGAUACAGGAAACAGCAGAAUCAAAGUUCUAGGAAAAGACGGGGUGGUCCUGCGGCACCUGGGACCUGUGGGAGUCGAGUUUCAAAGUGCGACUGGACUUUGUGUUCUCAGUAGCGGCCAUCUUGCUGUUGUUAACUGGCGUACCAAAUAUGUCUCCAUCCUUGAUCCCACAGAUGGGUCAUUGGUCAAGCAGUUCACGACCCCUGCUUUCGUCGAACCUAUUGACAUUGCGGUGAACUCUCGUGGUGAGAUUAUCGUUGCUGAUAGCGGGGCUCGGAAAAUUUUCAAGUUUGAUCAAGCGGGAAAUUUAAUUCUCACUUUCGGAAGUCAUGGGGACAAAGACGGACAAUUCAAAGUUAUAUCUGCGCUGUGUGUAGGGAAAAAUGAUGAGAUUUUGGUAGCAGAUCAUAGAAUUCAAAUUUUCAAUAAGGAUGGCAAGUAUUUGAGGAAAGUUGUGGACUCGGGCCAAGGGUCAUACGGCGGAAUAACUGUGGACAAUGCAGGGAAUAUUCUGGCCACAAAGACAGAAAAAUCCCACAAGGGAGAUAAAGCUGGUGGUAGUAGCGGUGGAGCGGCUUCUCAGAAAGUUAAAGCGGGUGGUCGUAGCUUUGUGCAUGUUUUCCACCCCAGUGGGAAACUGCUGUACUCUAUCGAUAGCAGCACUGACCGGCUGAAGCGGCCGAGUGGGCUGGCGGUGAUUAGCGACUACCGGAUUGUGGUGACGGACCUCGGCAACUGCUGUAUCAAGAAGUACUUCUAUAAAUAA